GGGGGACGAAGUCGCUCGCGUCCGUAGGAUUUUUACCAUCUUGUUCCUACAAGACCCACCCUACACGUGUCCCCUGGGUGGUGCCAAAAGAGUUGACAACGCCGAGCAACAGGCGGCGGUUAAAUAACCUGUCCUAGGCUACCACAAGCCUUGAGGCACUAAAUAUCCUCAAAAAGGGUGGCAGUAGUACCUUGGGAAAGUUCUGCUGAUAUUUUUCCCGACCCCCCCUUUUAUGAAAUGUCAAGUAAUAGAGAGUGCGAUUUGUCAUGCGAUCCGGCUAACCCCCGGCGCUCUCCGGUACCCGGACCUGAGAGUGUGAAAUCUGCUACCGAAGACACCACUGGAGUGAGUAACCAGGCUCCGGUGCCUGUAAAUGUUACUGGAAAAAAGACUAAUACAACAAGCAUUCCAUUCUAGCUUAUUUAUGACAAGAUCAAGAAGCAAAUCUCUGAGCAACACGCCAUGCUCUAGUAGUGAAGAGGCGUCUGACAAAGGAAUCCAACAGAGCCACUUUAAUGAUACGGAACCACAAAAAGAUAUUACUAUGCACCCUCCUGACUGGCAAAGAGUACCCUCAAUUAGAAACCCCAAAAGGAAAAAACUGGCAUGCACACCUUCACCAGACAAAAUUGAAACAAGCAAUAGCUUUGAUGGACUAACAGUUGACUUAACUGAAGAACAAGCAACGGAGCCAAAGACUAAGAAGCCCAGCAAACCUCCACCGAUUAUUCUAUAUGGUGUUGAAGAUCUGAACAAACUGACAGAACUCCUGGAAUCAGUUACAGAGAAAUCUCAUUUCACUUACAAAAUUAUCAACAGAAAUCAAUUGAAAAUUCUGACCUACGAUGUUGAUAUAUACAAAAUAUUAAUAUCUGUAAUUCGUGAAAACGUUUUGAUUGGACACACCUUUAAUCGGAAAGAUAACAGAAAUUACCGAAUAGUUAUUAGAAACCUACACCACACAACUCCUUUUCAGGCUAUUAAAGCAGCCAUUGAGGAAACUGGUAAUACUGUGACAGGUGAAAUAAUAAAUGCUAAGUUUGGUCCUGAUAAGAAACCUACAACCACCUUCUUCGCAAAUCUUCUACCAGGCCCGAAUAAUAAGGCAGUGAAAAACAUUAAGGCUAUAUAUCACCAAACCGUCAUUAUAGAAGAUCCAAGAAAACGAAAAACAGUAGUACAGUGUCAAAGGUGUCAACAAUAUGGACACACAAAAAACUAUUGCAUGAAACCAUUUCGUUGUGUAAAAUGUGCAGGAGCUCACAAAACCUUAGCAUGUACAAAGACCGAUCGCAAUACACCAGCCACAUGUGCUCUAUGCCUGGGUCCUCAUCCAGCUAACUACAAAGGGUGUGAGGUGUACAAGGAAAUCCAAAAACCAGUAUCCAAGACAAAAGAGAGACAACUAUGCACACAAAAACAGUAACUAUAUAAAAACUCAUCCAAUUAACAUGAAUUCAGUUCAGGACAGACCACCAUCUAACAAAAAUAUAAAGGAAAAGAAAACAUAUGCUGAAACUACCUAUUCAAAGCCCAAUCCACAAGAGCCAGAUAUGCAGUCAACUUCAUUUAAAACAUUAGAAUACAUGUUUAUCAAACAAUCUGAAAAAAUUGAUUUUCUCCUUCAACAAAUGAGUACAUUACUCCAACUAAUUACAACGCUAAUCUCCAAGCCUUCAAAAUAGCUCUUAAAAUAGCUACUUGGAACAUUAACGGCUUAUCUCCCAACAAAGACGAAGUAGAGAUACUACUUCAGUUGCAUAAAACUGAUAUUUUUCUCAUAUCAGAAACCCACUUUGUUAGCAGCAGUCUGAUAAAGAUAAAAGGGUAUAAUAUAUACCACACAAAUCAUCCAGAUGGAACUGCACAUGGCGGAACCGCUGUCAUAAUAAAAUCGUCAAUAAAGCACCAUGAACUGCCUCAAUACAGCACUGAACAAAUCCAAGCAACUUCAGUAUCUGUCUUGGACAGAAAUGGCGAUUUCACCAUCUCGGCUGUUUACUGUCCACCGAAGAACAGGAUAUCUGAGGAGCUAUUUUCAGAGUUCUUUGUUAGCCUUGGUUCUCGCUUUGUUGUUGGUGGUGACUGGAAUGCCAAGCAUCUUCAUUGGGGCUCCAGACUGAUAACCACUCGGGGAAGAGAGCUGAAGAAGAGUUUGGAUAAGAACUAUCUCACAACUAUUGCAACACCAGAACCUACACAUUGGCCUACAGACCCAAAUACACUGCCUGAUGUCCUGGACUUCUUUGUUUCUAAAGGCAUGUCGCGACUCUUAUUCACAAUCAGAUCAACAUUAGAUGGUUCUUCUAAUCAUAUCCCAGUGUUUCUUACCAUGGGCGCCAAUAUAAUAACUAAUAUGAAACAACUACAACUCUACAAUAAGAGAACAGACUGGGAAGCAUUUCGUAGUAUAGUCAAUGAUGAGCUUCAACUACAAAUGGCACUAAAAUCCGAGGAAGACAUUGACAAUGUUACUACUAAGUUUAUGACUACAGUGCAGUCAGCUUGUUGGAAAUGUACUCCUGAAAUAUCCAACUCUUCACUGAGACGCAAUGCAGUUCCAUCCGAUAUCAAAAUCCAAAUUAUUGAAAAAAGAAGGCUACGUAGGGUAUGGCACAAUAGUAGACAUCCGGAAGACAAAACAGCGCUUAAUAAGGCAAUUAAAGACCUUAAAGACAUCAUGAUCAAAGCAAAUAAUACUUCAACGGAAUCCUUCCUGGAAUCAUUGACAGCCACAAGUGAUACUAACUAUUCCCUUUAUCGCGCUUGUAAACAUCUCAAUCAGCCCACUAACCCCAAGCCCCCACUCAGACUGGAGGGCAACUUAUGGGCUAGAAGCCAACAACAAAAAGCCGAUGUUUUUGGAGAUCACUUGGCCCAAAUAUUCACGCCAAACGAAACUGAUCCUAACAGUGAUGAAACAGAUAUUGAAGAUGUCCUUGGCCAAACUUUUCAAUUGGAUCUACCCAUUGCAGCAACUAACGCCAGAGAGAUUAUUAAUAUAAUAAAUCGUAUGGAUGCCAAGAAGGCGCCUGGCUUUGACCUAAUUGACAAAAAAGUACUUUCGGAAUUACCCAAAAAAGGUAUUAUGUUCCUCACCAUUUUGAUUAAUGGAAUCAUUCGCAUUGGCUACUUCCCAGCACUGUGGAAAGUUUCACAAAUUAUAAUGAUAGGGAAGCCUGGUAAACCUGUUCAUGAAAUAACCUCAUACCGACCAAUCAGUUUGUUACCAGUAACAUCAAAAGUUUGUGAAAAAGUAUUGUUGCAAAGGCUUAUGAAAGAACUCCGUAAAAGAAGUAUCAUUCCAGACCACCAAUUUGGAUUCCGACAGGAUCAUGGUACGGUUGAACAGGUACAUAGGGUUUGCAGAACAAUCAGAAAUGCACUAGAACAUAAAGAAUACUGCUCCUCUGCAUUCCUGGAUGUGCAGCAGGCUUUUGAUAAGGUUUGGCAUACAGGGCUACUAUUUAAAAUUAAAUCUCUUUUACCUCAUACAUUCUUCGGAUUACUGAAGUCUUACCUGACCGAUAGAAUCUUUCAAGUCAAAGAAGGUGAACAUACUUCCACGUUCCAUCCAAUUAAGGCUGGUGUGCCACAAGGCUCAGUGCUUGGUCCUGUGCUCUACACAAUUUACACAAAUGACCUACCACAAAUUGACAACGUCACUGUGGCUACCUUUGCGGAUGAUACUGCUGUUCUUGCUUGCAGUAGAAGUCCUGACGACGCUUCAGCAAUCCUACAACAUAGUCUAGAUGAGAUUGACAAAUGGCUAUCAAAGUGGAAAAUAAAGGCUAGUGCCACAAAAUCAGUCCAUGUUACGUUUACCUUGCGUCGAGGAAACUGUCCGCCUGUCUCAUUGCGUAACAAUUCGCUCCCGCAAAGUGACAACGUUAGGUACUUGGGCAUGUACUUGGAUAGAAGGCUCACUUGGAAGAAGCACAUCCAAACCAAAAAGGAUGAGAUCUACCAUAGAUACAGAGGACUGUAUUGGAUGCUCGCAAGGAAUUCCAGACUUUCCUUAGACAAUAAGCUCCUGCUAUAUAACAUCAUUAUAAAACCGAUAUGGACAUACGGCAUACAACUUUGGGGAUCAGCAUGUGACUCCAACAUCGAAAUCAUUCAAAGAACCCAAAACUACAUACUUAAACAACUUUCAAACGCACCAUGGUUCAUAAGAACAUCUGAAAUCCAUGAACACCUUAAAAUGAACUCAGUUAAGGAAGAAAUUAGGCGCUACAGCUGCAACUACAAAACAAGACUUGGCAACCAUCCAAAUCAAUUAGCAUGGCAGUUGACAAUGCCACAAGUGAUUCGUCGCCUAAAGAGAAGGCAUAUACUUGACAAUGUAUAGUUGAGACUUAUGGAGUGCUUCCCGCUGGGGAAGUUUUCUCUGCACGCCAAUCUGUCCUACAACCAAUCUGCUCAUAGUCCAUCGACUGAUUGCAUGAUAAAUCACAAAAAAAAAAUUGAUUUUAAUAAUUUUGAAGAAAUGUGUGAUAAUCUAGAAGUUUUAGGCGAGACAGACGUCAAUGUCGAAGACAGCAAACAUAAAAUAACCAAAAGAAAGCGAAAUUGCAUUC